AUGGCUAGCGGUAAAUUUCUCGGAUUCGUGGUCACGGCUAACGGAAUUCGUUUGGAUCCAGAUAAAGUCAAGGCCAUCCAAGAGCUACCACCUCCUAGGAAUCUUAAGGAGCUCGAGGCUUACAAGGAUGAUUGGCGUAUAUUCGCAGUGAAAGGUCGGACUAUUAGUGACCUUAUGGCUAAUCAUCCACUGAAAGAAAAGGCCGAAUUAUACCAGGACAUACCUGAUGAGACGUAUGAAGCAAACGUCAUCUUUAGAGAACAAGUAUGGCAAUUGUACUUCGAUGGUGCAACAAGCACAAGUUCUACUGGUCGGGUUAUAGCUGGAGUGGUGGUUGUCUUUAUCUCUCCCCAAAAUCACAUACUCUCACACGCCGUUUCUUUAACAGAGCCGUGUUCUAAUAAUGUGGCUGAAUACAAUACUUUGUUGGUUAGCCUAGAUAUAGCCAAACAACUGGGGGUGAAACACUUAGAAACGUACGGCGAUUCUCAACUCAUUGUUAAUCAAAUGAAGGGAGAAUAUGAGGUUAGGAAUGAAUACCUCAUUCCUUACCUUACAGUAGCAAUAGCAUUGGCCGAUUCCUUUGAGGGCUUCUACAUCGACCAUAUACCCCGUCUCAAGAAUACCUAUGCCGAUGCAUUGGCGUCACUGGCGGCUACCCUAGCUCUACCUGAAAGUACCACCCAGCAGAUCAACGCAGUUGAAGAGGAACCUGCAAUGCUCGAACCUAAAGAUUGGCGAUUUCUAAUCAUCGAUUAUGUCUUAUACAGCUUAUUGCCUGAGGACAUCAAAGAAAGAGAAUCUAUUCGUAGACGAGCACCUAGGUUCUACUAUGAUUCUCAAUCCCAGACUCUGUAUCGAAAAUCAUACGAUGGGCUUUUGCUUCGCUGUUUGUCGAAUAGAGAAGCAAAAGAAGCUCUUGAAGAAGCUCAUGAUGGCAUCUGUGGAGCUCAUCAGUCUGGUCCUAAGUUGUGGGACCAACUAUGUAGAUUGGGUUAUUACUGGCCUAACAUGGUACAAGAUGCUGUCGCUUAUGCUAAACGAUUUCAUGCCUGCCAGAUACAUGUUAAUUACAUGCAUCGACCGCCUGAGCAUCUUCAUCUGUCAACCACUUCAUGGCCUUUUGAAACGUGGGUAAUGGACAUUGUUGGCCCAGUAACACCACCCUCUUCCAAAGGACAUCGCUUCAUCUUAGCGAUAACUGAUUACUUUUCUAAAUGGGCAGAAACAAUCCCGUUGAGAGAAGUCAAGACGACACUCGCAAUUGGUAUGACAACGGAGGAGAGUCAUCGUAAACAUCUUGAAGAAUUAGAAGCGCUUGAUGAAAAGUGA